UAUCCGAGCACACUUGCUGUGGUUUGCAGAACGAGCCCAGCAAUAGAAUGUGCAAACCACCUCGGAUGUGGAAGAGAGCUCUGAGCGCAGGUCGUGAUUCCCUUUGCACUGGGAGAGCCAGGCCAAGAGUGCGUGUUUUCCCUGCAACCCCUUAGAGAAGAGGUUGGCUGUGUGGGUGAGAUAUGAAUAUUUUAAUUUCCUGGACACUCCGUUUACUAGAGAAAGAUUAACAGGUCUGUGAUACGUGAAAGCACUCAGAUUUCUCCCCGUGCGGUAGAGAGAAAGGAUUGUGUGUGGGGUUGGCAUGAGGUUGCAACCAACUCUGGGAGCAAUGUUGCAAUAAACUCAGCAUCUCACCCCGUGACUUGCCAGGAGGUGGGGUGGGGGGGUGGUCAGGGGAGCCGCAGGAGGAGUCAGCCUGACCUGUAAAGGUCUGGACCAAAGCUGGGCGCCUUCUAAAGUAAACCAGUGCUCACCCGUUGACGCUUGGUCGCAGCCGUGCUGAGCUGCCCACAGCUCAUCCCAGCGGCACCUGCAGCUCAGGAAGGAGCAUCCGGAGCAUCGGGCCAGGAAAAUGCUGACGGUGGACGACAUCCUAGAGCACACGGGGGAAUUCAACUUCUUCCAGAAACAAACCUUCUUCCUUCUAGCUCUGCUCUCGGCUGCGUUCACCCCCAUCUAUGUGGGCAUCGUCUUCCUCGGCUUCAUCCCGGACCACCGCUGCCGGAGCCCCGGGGUGGCUGAGUUGAGCCAGAGAUGCGGCUGGAGCCUGGCCGAGGAACUGAACUACACGGUGCCGGGCCCGGGGCCGGCGGGCCAGGCCUUCCCCCGCCAGUGCCGCCGCUACGAGGUGGACUGGAACCAGAGCACCCUGGGCUGCGUGGACCCGCUGGCCGGCCUGGCCGCCAACAGCAGCCACCUGCCGCUGGGCCCCUGUCGGUAUGGCUGGGUGUAUGACACGCCCGGCUCCUCCAUCGUCACCGAGACUCGGGACACCCCUCGGCCCUCGCAGUUCGACCUGGUAUGCGCCAACUCCUGGUUGCUGGACCUGUUUCAGUCGGCUGUGAAGGUAGGAUUCUUUAUCGGUUCUGUGGGCAUCGGCUACAUCGCAGACAGGUUUGGCCGUAAGCUCUGCCUCUUGCUCACAAUCCUCAUCAACGCCGUGUCCGGAGUGCUCAUGGCCAUCUCCCCCACCUAUACGUGGAUGCUCGUCUUUCGCUUGAUCCAAGGACUGGUCAGCAAGGCAGGCUGGAUGAUAGGCUACAUCCUGAUUACAGAGUUUGUCGGGCUGAGCUAUCGGAGAACCGUGGGGAUCUUUUACCAAGUGGCCUUUACCUUUGGGCUCCUGGUUCUUGCUGGGGUGGCGUACGCACUUCCACACUGGAGGUGGCUGCAGUUCACCGUGACUCUGCCCAACUUCUGCUUCUUGUUCUAUUACUGGUGUGUACCUGAGUCCCCCAGGUGGCUGAUCUCCCAGAACAAAAACGCUAAAGCCAUGAGUAUCAUUAAACACAUCGCAAAGAAAAACGGAAAAUCUCUACCUGCCUCUCUUCAGAGCCUCAGGCCUGAUGAGGAAGUUGGCGAGAAGUUGAAGCCCUCAUUUCUUGACUUGGUCAGAACUCCUCAGAUAAGGAAACACACUCUGAUCCUGAUGUACAACUGGUUCACGAGCGCUGUUCUCUACCAGGGCCUUGUCAUGCACAUGGGCCUCGCCGGGAGCAACCUCUACCUGGACUUCUUCUACUCAGCCCUGGUGGAAUUCCCAGCCGCCCUCCUCAUCCUCCUCACCAUCGACCGCCUAGGUCGCCGUCAUCCCUGGGCUGCGUCAAACGUGGUGGCAGGGGCAGCCUGUCUGGCCUCGGUCUUUAUCCCUGAGGAUCCACACUGGCUGAGAAUAACAGUCCUGUGCUUGGGCAGAAUGGGCAUCACGAUGGCCUAUGAGAUGGUUUGCCUGGUCAACGCGGAGCUGUACCCCACCUUCAUCAGGAACCUUGGGGUCCUCGUGUGCUCCUCAAUGUGUGACAUCGGUGGCAUCAUUACGCCGUUCCUGGUCUACCGGCUCACCGACAUCUGGCACGAGCUCCCACUGGUGGUCUUUGCUGUGGUUGGCUUGAUUGCUGGAGGCCUGGUGCUGCUGCUUCCAGAGACCAAAGGGAAGACUUUGCCUGAGACCAUUGAAGAAGCUGAAACCAUGCGGAGACCAAGGAAAAACAAGGAAAAGAUCAUUUAUCUCCAAGUGAAGAAGCUAGACAUUCUACCAAAUUAGGACAAGAGAGCUGCUCUUGCUCUCUUUGAGAAAACAAGGCUAGACUCAGAGAUUUCUGCUCUCUUCGCAAAGCACAUGCAAUUCAACCUUACUUCUCUCUGAACACUAUUAACCUUGACCAAAUGGAGUUUGUUGUUCUGUAUACCAGUGUGUCUGCCUCUGGGACGAGGUCCUGCAGUCCCCCUCGCUGGAACAGUGUUAAUGCCUUCAUCUUACGUAGAUACCUUGACAGCGGAUGCCAGAGCGUCUCAAGACCUCCCCCACACGUCCAGAGUCUAUUCUAGAAAAUCUCAAUGGGAGGAGUAAACAGUCUGUCUAGGAAAAGAGGGAGCUUAUCCUUGAAAAGACUGUCAAGAUUUGGUAACUUACAUCAGCAGAAAUAUGGCGGACCAUUGAGGAAUGAAUGGUAAUGAUGCUUGGCCCAGGAGGAUGAAACAUAGUAACAGAUCAGGUCACAUUUGUUGGUAUAAUGCUAUAACCCAAGAUCUAGACUUAAUGCGCCUGCUGGAGCGUCAAGCAGCAGCUCCAGUAGUCAGCAGACCAACAACAGUAGAAAAGAUAUAAGGGAAUGUUUCUAUAAUGUGAAACGAGAAAGACGUCUUAGGCAAGAACAGAACCCGGGAGACCUAAAGUGAAAGAUCGAUGGAUCAACGUGACUACACAAAACAAGACUAAAUGAAAUGAGGCUAGCUGGGUAAUUUAAUGGAUGAGUGACCGAUCCGGGGAAAUAUUUGCAACACAUAGAAAAUAUCCAAAAGACAUAGAGAGCUACUAACUAUCAUAAGGAAAAGACAGUCCUUUAGACAGACCGUUAGGGGAAAAUAAUGGCCCAAGAAUACAAAGUUAUUUAUAGAAGUUGCAUUAAAAAUGGUUAACUUUAAAAAAAAGUUAGUUAUGGAAAUACAAAAUAACAAUGAAAUACUCUUCGCUCAUCAUAGCAAUAAAAUUAAUAAAACUUGAUAAAUUAUCAAGAGUGGGUGAGGAGAUGAAGAAACUUUCAUGCAUUGCUGGCUGGAGUAUUGAUGGGUACACUCUUUAGGAAAGGAAUUUGGCCGCGUCUAUCAAUAUCAGAAAUACAUCAGUUGAUAUCAAUACUUGAUAUCAAUAUCGGUGCAUGUCUGUGACCCAACAAUGUCACCACUUUCAUCUUUGAGGAACUCUAAUGUAUACAGACAUGCAUCUCAGAGGUAUUCAUUGCAUCAUGUGUUGAUGACAGCAACACUUGGAAAUAACUAAAGUCCUUAAAUAUAAGGCAUGAUUCAAUAAACCAUGGUAUUCGGACUCAUCAGUUAAAAAGGAAAAAAAAAAAAAAAAAAAAUUUACAGCUACUCCACAGAAACUCCUCCACAGUGAAGGGUAAAGGUGAGUCUGAGAAUGAUAAUAUAGGAAUGACGGCUGUACAUCCAGCUAAUGGUUUAGGGGAGGGGGUGUGGCACUGGGCCAUGCACUGGGAAAGACUAGAUUUUUCUGCAAUGCUGGUGCUUUUGUGUGUGUGUUUUCAUGUCCAUGUCCAUGGCGUGUUCAUGCUGUUUUUAAAAAUAAAGGAUUAACUCUGAAAAAUAA